GACCCGCAAUUCAAGGAAGAGGUGACCUCCCAAUUGCUAUCGCCUGUCGCUCUCAGACUAUCACUAGAGCAUAAGCCCAAGAAGGUGGGCGUCAAGAAAUGGCAGCCGUGUAUAGGGGUUGUGAAAGGGUCCGCUCUGUUUCUGUAUAAGGGAUCCUCCACGACGGAAGCCCCCUUCAAAGCGAUCUCACUUGCACGGUACGAGUUGGCGGUUUCCGAGAGUGCAACCGCGACGCACAAACUAGACACCACACAGCUCACUGUAGGGGCACCCAUCAGCCUACCGCAGCCAGAUGCAUCCGUGCCCAACUCACAUGUACAAAACUCGCAGGACAAACCUGUGGGACUUGCGGCCGGAGCUAGCUCGCGCGAGAACACUAUAAAGAAGAAAGACGGUCGGAUAUCGCGCAGCAAAAGUGUGGGUGACAGUUUAGCACCGCGGAAGAGUUCAAGUGCUGGUAUUGGUGCUUCACCCAGCGCAAUCCGACGUAAUGGACUGUCAGUGUUUGAUCCCAUCAGCCCAAUCAUUGGGUCUAAGGCCAGUCUACGGGCCGUAGAGUACAACGAUCUUCUGAAACUGCUGAAAGUGGCCAAGAGCAUCCGUGAGGAAUAUGUAGCAGCGAAUCCGAAGAAGGCCGGUACCAGCAGGCAUACAUCCCGCACCGGCAAAGAGGGAAAGAUGCGCGGCACACUCAAGAAAACGAACACCAAGUUUAUGACCUGGUAUAAAACGCUGCGAACUCAACAGAGGGUGUUUGGCGUGAGUCUGGAGGAUUACUUUGCGAUACAUUCGACAGAAACCGUACCUCUGGUGGUGGAGAAGUGCAUCGGCGAAGUGGAACGCAGGAAUGGUGCGUCUGUGGCAGGCAUCUAUAGAGUGUCUGGCAGCAAAGUGCAGAUCGAGCAAUUAAAAGCCGAAUUUGACUCGAACACGGAAGCCGUCACUCUGGAACGAGAAGACAUAUAUGAUGAUAUCCAUGUCAUAUGCGGGUGUUUAAAACUCUACUUCCGCGAGUUGCCUGAACCACUGAUACCGUACAAAUUGUACGCCGACUGCCUCAGAGCGGGCGAAUGUACGGAUACAGCUGAGAGGACAUCCGCUGUGUCAGAGAUCAUCACAAUGCUGCCGAAGAACAAUCGCAAUGUGCUCAGAGUCUUGGUGCAGCAUCUCAAAGGACUGACAGUUGAGACAGAGAGCAGUAAAAUGAAUGCACACAACUUUGCGAUAGUCUUUGGGCCCACUCUAAUCAGCUGCAAUGCACCGGCGGGCAGUGACGCGAACGAGAUGAUGGUAGAGAGUAACAAACUCUCUAGCGUUAUUGAGGCUAUGAUUUUGGAUCCUGAUACCAUAUUUGGAGAGGACACGACUACGGCCUUGCAAUCGGUUAACGACGUGUCAUCAGCUCUGGAGAGCGGUGCGAGCAUCGAAGAGACCAAUUCAAUUGGCAUAAAUGUAGCUGGAAGCUCCGAUUCAAUAGAGUCGCCAGCCGCAGGGACCACAGCAGAUCACACUCAAGUCAAGCAAGACAACAACUACGAACAAACACACGAACAGGCACACGAACAAACGGGGACGGACGCACAUACACAGGCCAAGAGUCAAACACAGGCAGAAGCAGAUUCACAACCACAGACACAGACGCAGACACAGACACAGACACAAACCCAAACACAAACACAAACGGAAACAGAAACGCAAACAGAAACAGAAACGAAAACAGAGGGUAGUCCGAUGGUUGCCGUACCUCCCGCAAGGCCUGCGGAAUCGCCGGGACUCUCGCCGUCUGUGACGAGGUCGCAGUGCGCACAGCCCCUGGGCCCAACGAGUAGGACCAGGACGGCACACGUCGGCAGUGAGGAGGCGGACGAACUUAAUACUGGCACAAUAAACAAUAACACUAACUUAGAUAAAGAAGCCGAAACUGCACGCACAACCACGCAGACGGAGGCACAUGUCGACAUACACGGCGACAUACACUCCAGCCCGCCACCAAGGCCCCACGAAUCACCUAAGCCACGCAGGACUUCGGCAGCGGCUGUGCACACGCCACAGCCUGUUGAUACCCCCUCGCCAGUUACUAGGGCUGCGCACAAGGCUAUACUGGUGACUGCUCUGGACUUUGGCCCAGGGGCAAUAUGGAGUCCUACUUCCGAUGCAUCUGCACAAACACCUGAACAGACGAAGACUGAGUCUGUAUCUGUGACACAGGAAGAGACCACGGAUGGUAUUACCGAAACUGUCAGGAACACAUUGGUUGCCGAUGGAAUGAUACCUACUUCUCCAGAUAAACCAGCAAACAUUGCGGAGGGACAAACAGAGGAGUCCAAAGCUGAUAGUUCAAUAUCACAUAUAAAUGUACCAUCGACAGCUCAUAGGACUGGACCACCUAUGCCACCGGAACCAUACGCAAUCACCAAGCAACGGCGAGCGAGUGCCAUGCCAUCGGUCAAUACCCAGAUGUCUGAUGAUAGUAUAAUUGCGAGAAGCAAGUUGAACCGUACGCAUAGUUUCGAAGGCGUGCCGGACGGCAAAGGGAGAGAGGGUCGUGGUGUGGAGGAUGUAGCUGAACGGUGUAGUGGCGAUUUCGAACCCAAGAUCACAUACACGGCUGCAUUGCCGAGCGUCGACACAGGGGCGGAUACACCAACGCGUGCACGGGAAGAGAGUUUACCGAGCGAGGAAGUUCCCAGCAUACCUGCACAAGAUUCUGUGGGCAAGCAGGAGCCAGAGCCUACAGUAGAACAACAGGCACUGGUGAUUACACCUGAGGACACCAGCGCGGAUAAGGAUAGUACGGGAGUGGGUGAACAGACAGCGUGUGGGAAGGUGAGUGGAGGUAUGACCCCAGUUGAGUCUCGUGGGAGUGAAGGGGCAGAGACGCCUGCGGAAGGGCAUGCAACCGCUGGACAGGAGUGUGCGGAGGAUGAAUCCGCCAUCAACGAGAACGCGGAUGGCUGUACGAGCACAGAAGUAGUAGAGCCUUCGGGAGAACUACAGGAUGAUUGGGAUAGUAAAUCGGUGUCUCCCAAGGCGGAUCUAUCGGCUUCGAGUACACAACAAGGGAGCGAUGGCGAGGAUCUGGGCAAAGACACCGAGACGCGCGCCAGUGAACUGUCUGAGAUGGAGGUUCAAGAAAUAACUGUGGCUGCGGAGGAUGCCGACAGUACUCUAUCACUACCAAUGAGCGAAGGUGUUGAUAUUCAUGAACCCUGUGCCAGGACAACGGGCGAUCCUGCACACGCGAAUGAGAGCUGAGUGUAGGGGUACAGACUAAAAAACCAAAGGAAAGAUAGCACACCAUGAUACCAACCUCUCCCUAUUUCUUAUCGGAUUCCAGAUCAUAUAUUCUGAAAUAUUUUAUCGUCAUUCCGGACCUAAUCAGACAUUUCGAAUUGGAGAGGUUAUCAUGCCCAAAAAAAACUGCCAAUUUUAUCCACACGCAGAUGGCUGACAUACAGUCCUUGUAUCCUUAGUCUUGUUGGCAUAUUGGUGAAUACAAUGGAUCUAUACAUAUUAGUUGUUCCCGACUUAAACUCGAUAACUUAAC